AUGGAACUGGGUACACGGCUCAGUGGCUCUCCUUUCCUAAAUAAUCUUUUGUGAUUUUACAGAAGGUAGGAAAGCGUUCCUUGAUUUCCUGGCUGCUUCAGUAUCGUCCAGAAAUUAGUGUUAAUGCAAACUGCAGUCAGCUCUGAUGAAUGGAGAGCUUAUUCCCCUUUCAAACUGUUACUAAUUAUUUGCAGUGGUGGAGGCGGAUUCCAGGGCUUUUGGCAUAACGAGCCAGUGCUGUGUCACGGAGCUAGCCACACGUCCCAGCUCCCCAAAUUAUCCCUGCCAUAAUUGUUUUCUUCAGUGCUAGGAAUUAACUGAGGCCUUACGAAAUGCUCGGCAAGUGUUGUGCCACUAAGCUGUACCCCAGCCCUUACCUCACUUACUUGUCUCACUAGGCUGCCGAGGCUAGCCUUGAACUUUAAUCUUUCUUCCUCAGGCAGGGGGUGGGGUGGGAAAGGUGUCACAGACGUGUGCCACUGCCACACUGGUGGAGGGUUUUGUGGCUGUUAAUCAUAAUCACCUCAUAAAGAAAUUAAUGCCUUCCCGUUUCAGGGCAAUUCACAAACACUGUAAAUACGGAAGUAAACUCUUUGCUCGUUUUCACAUUAGUGAAGUGAAUUUCUCCUGAUAUUGGCUGGUAUCAGGACUGAAGAAAGAAGGGGAGGGAUGCCCUUGCUCCUGUCUGUAACUGAGUUCUCUCCACCAGGAAGAGGUCACAGGCAGAGACCCUGCUACACCAGCAUGUCGUGUGACACGCCGUUUCAGAUGAGAUUCGUUCAUCUGGACCUUAAAGGAGCACCCCCAAAGGUUUCCUAUCUCUCUGAGGUUUUCCCCUGGCUCCAUGCUCUUGGUGCAAAUGGCCUCCUCAUUGAGUAUGAAGACAUGUUUCCCUAUGAGGGCCGCCUGAGGCUGCUGAGGGCUGAGCAUGCAUACAGCCCCUCUGAAGUUACAGAGAUCCUGCGCCUGGCCAGACUCAGUGAGCUGGAAGUUGUUCCCUUGGUGCAGACAUUUGGACACAUGGAGUUUGUGCUAAAGCACGCAGCCUUUUCACAUCUCCGUGAAGUGUCUCUCUUUCCCAACACCCUCAAUCCUCAUGAGGCUGAGUCUCUGGAAUUGGUAGAAGCUAUGAUUGACCAAAUUCUGGAGCUGCACAGGGGUGUCCGGUGGCUCCACAUUGGCUGUGAUGAGGUCUACUACUUGGGCGAGGGGGAGACCUCAAAACAGUGGCUACAGCAGGAACAGAACAGCCUGGUGAAACUGUGCCUGUCCCACAUGCAGGCAGUGGCCAGCCAUGUGUGGGCCCAGUACCCUGGCACAACACCCUUAGUGUGGGAUGACAUGCUGCGGGACAUCCCCCAGGAACAGCUCAAAGCAUCUGAGGUGCCUCAACUGGUAGAGCCUGUGCUCUGGGACUAUGGAGCUGACCUUGAUGUCCACAGCAAAAUCUCCCUCAUGGGAAAGUACCAGGAGUGUGGCUUCCAGAGACUGUGGGCUGCCAGUGCCUUCAAGGGGGCCACGGGGGCUAGUCAGGCCCUGCCUCCUGUUGAGCACCACGUCAGAAACCACGAGCAGUGGCUGCAGGUUGCAGGCAGUGGCCCAGCGGACACUCUGCAAGGAAUCAUCCUGACUGGCUGGCAAAGGUAUGACCACUUCUCUGUGCUGUGUGAGCUGCUCCCUGUGGGAAUCCCAUCCCUGGCUGCCUGUCUCCAGACACUUGUACAUGGAGGCUUCGCUGAGGACGUGAAGCUGGGAGUGGAGCGCCUCCUUGGGGUUUCAAGCCUGGAAAUGAUGGAUGCUGUGAGUGAGGGAGCUGGCUCCUUCCCUGGCAGUGACAUCCAUGCCCUCGUCACACAAAUUAGUCUUCACCUGCGCAGCUCUGUGGAUACGCUUCUGGAAAGGAACCGGUAUGUCACUGGCUGGUUCAGUCCCUACCAUCGCAGGAGGAAGCUUAUUCACCCAGUCAUGAUCCAGCACAUCCAGCCAGAGGCACUCAGCCUCCUGAGCAGGUGGAACAGCCUUGUGCAGCAGCUGGAGGCAGCCCUGCAGCUGGCCUUCUACCCGGACGCCAUAGAGGAGUGGCUGGAGGAGAAUGUGCUCCCGAGCAUGCAGCGACUGCAGGCUCUGCUGCAGGACUUGGGCGAGGCUGCCCCCCAGCCCCCAGCCCAGCCCCGCCCAGGCUGGGACACAGGUCAGAAUCCCUGAGGGCUGUGGCCCUGCAUAUCAACCUGGACAACAGCUCAGUGACCCAGCCAUGCGGGGCUUGUGCUCUUCCUUCUGAGCCCUGGACCACAGACAGGCCCAACUAUAAGA